GCGCUACACUGUCCCGGAGGGCCUGGAGGCGCUUCAGGCUCAGGAGCGGAAACGACACGGGCCGCGAGGGCGUAGGCGGGGUGUCCGGAGGAGGCUCAGGGAACCUGGAGAGGGUCCAGUUCUCGGGACCCCGGCCUGAGGCGGGAAGGGGCUCCAGAGCUGUGUGACAGGGAGGCAAGAUGACUUCUCAGCCCCAAGCUUGGAACAGCUGAAGGAAACAACAGUACAAGAUGAGAACAACCAAGGUCUACAAACUCGUCAUCCACAAGAAGGGCUUUGGGGGCAGUGAUGAUGAGCUAGUUGUGAACCCCAAAGUGUUUCCUCACAUCAAGCUUGGAGACAUUGUAGAGAUUGCACAUCCCAACGAUGAAUACAGCCCUCUGCUUUUGCAGGUCAAAUCACUUAAGGAAGAUUUACAGAAGGAAACUAUCAGUGUGGACCAGACUGUGACUCAAGUGUUCCGGCUAAGACCUUACCAAGAUGUCUAUGUUAAUGUUGUAGACCCUAAGGAUGUGACCCUUGACCUAGUGGAGUUAACUUUUAAGGAUCAGUAUAUUGGCCGUGGGGAUAUGUGGCGACUAAAGAAAAGUUUGGUCAGCACAUGUGCCUAUAUCACCCAGAAGGUGGAGUUUGCUGGCAUCAGAGCACAGGCUGGUGAGCUGUGGGUCAAGAAUGAAAAGGUCAUGUGUGGUUACAUCAGUGAAGAUACCAGGGUGGUGUUUCGUUCUACGUCAGCUAUGGUUUACAUAUUUAUUCAGAUGAGCUGUGAAAUGUGGGAUUUUGAUAUUUAUGGGGAUUUGUAUUUUGAGAAAGCUGUGAAUGGUUUCCUUGCUGAUCUAUUUACCAAGUGGAAGGAGAAGAACUGUAGUCAUGAAGUGACAGUGGUCCUGUUUUCUAGAACUUUCUAUGAUGCAAAAUCUGUUGAUGAAUUUCCUGAAAUAAACCGAGCCUCAAUUCGACAGGAUCACAAAGGGAGAUUCUAUGAAGACUUUUACAAAGUAGUGGUACAGAAUGAGAGAAGAGAAGAAUGGACUUCACUUCUUGUGACCAUUAAAAAACUCUUCAUCCAGUAUCCGGUAUUGGUGCGACUGGAACAGGCAGAGGGCUUUCCUCAAGGAGACAAUUCUACCUCAGCACAAGGAAACUACCUGGAGGCCAUCAAUCUGUCAUUCAAUGUGUUUGAUAAGCACUACAUCAACCGAAAUUUUGACCGAACGGGGCAGAUGUCAGUGGUUAUCACGCCUGGGGUGGGUGUCUUUGAAGUGGACCGCCUACUCAUGAUCUUGACCAAGCAGCGGAUGAUAGAUAAUGGAAUUGGCGUCGACUUGGUGUGCAUGGGAGAGCAACCAUUACAUGCUGUCCCAUUGUUCAAGCUCCAUAAUCGGAGUGCUCCCCGGGAUUCUCGUCUGGGUGAUGACUAUAAUAUCCCUCACUGGAUAAACCACAGUUUCUACACAUCCAAAAGCCAGCUCUUUUGUAACAGUUUCACCCCACGAAUAAAACUGGCAGGAAAGAAGCCUGCCUCUGAGAAAGCGAAAAAUGGUCGUGAUACAUCUCUCGGAAGUCCAAAAGAAUCUGAGAACGCCCUUCCCAUCCAAGUAGAUUAUGACGCCUAUGACGCUCAAGUGUUUAGGCUGCCCGGCCCAUCCCGGGCUCAGUGCCUCGCCACCUGCAGGUUUUCUGCCAGAUUCACUUGGGGGUCUGUGCGAGAGCGAGAGAGUCACAGUCGAAAGAGUGCCAGCUUCUGUGAUGUUUCAUCCAGCCCUUCCCUACCAAGCCGCACACUGCCCAAUGAGGAAGUGAGGAGCCAGGCUUCUGACGACAGCUCCUUGGGCAAGAGCGCCAACAUCUUGAUGAUCCCACACCCCCACCUGCACCAGUAUGAAGUCAGCAGCUCCUUGGGCUAUACCAGCACUCGAGAUGUCCUGGAGAACAUGAUGGAGCCACCACAGCGAGACUCCAGUGCACCAGGGAGGUUUCACGUUGGCAGUGCAGAAUCCAUGCUGCAUGUUCGACCUGGUGGAUACACGCCCCAGAGAGCAUUGAUUAAUCCCUUCGCCCCCUCUCGAAUGCCCAUGAAGCUCACGUCCAACAGAAGGCGGUGGAUGCACACUUUUCCUGUGGGACCAUCCGGAGAAGCCAUCCAGAUCCACCACCAGACCCGACAGAAUAUGGCGGAGCUGCAGGGCAGCGGGCAGAGGGACCCAACUCACUCCUCUGCAGAGCUGUUGGAGUUAGCAUAUCAUGAAGCUGCUGGAAGGCACAGCAAUUCCUGCCAGCCUGGUGACGGCAUGUCCUUCUUGAACUUCAGUGGAACAGAAGAGCUUUCUGUCAGCCUGCUUAGCAACAGUGGUGCAGGUAUGAAUCCUAGGACCCAGAAUAAGGAUUCUCUAGAGGACAGUAUUUCUACCUCUCCAGACCCAAUUCUGACACUGUCUGCUCCCCCUGUAGUGCCAGGCUUCUGUUGCACAGUUGGAGUGGACUGGAAGUCUCUCACUACUCCGGCGUGCCUCCCCCUCACCACCGACUACUUCCCUGACCGCCAGGGCCUGCAGAAUGACUACACAGAGGGCUGUUAUGAUCUCCUCCCAGAAGCAGACAUCGACAGGAGGGAUGAAGAGGGUGUGCAGAUGACAGCCCAGCAGGUAUUUGAAGAGUUUAUUUGCCAACGUCUCAUGCAGGGCUACCAAAUCAUAGUGCAGCCCAAGGCACAGAAACCCAACCCUGCCGUCCCACCACCGCUGAGCAGUAGCCCACUCUAUAGCCGAGGGCUUGUGUCCCGAAACCGCCCUGAGGAGGAGGACCAGUAUUGGCUGAGUAUGGGCAGAACAUUCCACAAAGUGACGCUGAAGGAUAAGAUGAUUACAGUGACACGAUACCUUCCCAAGUAUCCUUACGAAUCUGCCCAGAUCCACUACACCUACAGCCUCUGUCCUUCCCACUCAGACUCAGAGUUCGUCUCCUGCUGGGUGGAAUUCUCCCAUGAACGGCUGGAGGAGUACAAGUGGAAUUACCUAGAUCAGUAUAUCUGUUCUGCGGGCUCUGAAGACUUCAGCUUAAUUGAGUCCCUGAAGUUCUGGAGGACCCGCUUCCUGCUGCUGCCAGCCUGUGUCACCGCCACCAAGCGCAUCACGGAGGGAGAGGCCCACUGUGACAUCUAUGGGGACAGGCCCCGUGCAGACGAGGAUGAGUGGCAACUCCUGGAUGGCUUCAUCCGCUUUGUGGAGGGCUUGAACCGCAUUCGCAGGCGGCAUCGCUCAGAUCGCAUGAUGCGGAAAGGGACCACCAUGAAAGGCUUGCAGAUGACCGGGCCCAUUUCCACGCACUCUCUGGAGUCAACUGCACCCCCAGUGGGGAAGAAGGGAACCUCAGCUCUCUCUGCCCUGUUGGAGAUGGAGGCCAGUCAGAAGUGCCUAGGAGAACAGCAGGCAGCUGUGCAUGGUGGGAAAAGCUCCGCCCAACCGGCCGAGAGUGGUAGCGUUGCCAUGACUCCCACCUACAUGGACAGCCCACGAAAGGACGGGGCCUUCUUUAUGGAGUUUGUCCGCAGCCCACGCACAGCAUCGUCCACCUUCUACCCUCAGGUAUCUGUGGACCAAACAGUCACUCCUGUGUUGGACACCACCAGUUUGGGCAUAAGCACAGGCCAAUCUGUGGACAGAGGCAACAGCCAGACCUUUGGGAACUCCCAGAACGUAGGAGAACAGGGCUACUCCUCCACAAACUCCAGUGACAGCAGCUCUCAGCAGCUGGUGGCAAGCUCCUUGACCUCAUCCUCCACCCUGACAGAGAUCCUGGAAGCCAUGAAGCACCCCUCGACAGGAGUCCAGCUGCUCUCUGAACAGAAGGGCCUCUCGCCUUACUGCUUCAUCAGCGCGGAGGUGGUGCACUGGCUGGUGAACCACGUGGAGGGGAUCCAGACACAAGCAAUGGCCAUCGACAUCAUGCAGAAAAUGCUGGAAGAGCAGCUCAUCACACACGCAUCUGGCGAAGCCUGGCGGACCUUCAUCUACGGCUUCUAUUUCUACAAGAUAGUAACGGACAAAGAGCCCGACCGAGUGUCCAUGCAGCAGCCGGCCACCACCUGGCACACAGCAGGAGUGGAUGACUUCGCCAGCUUCCAGCGCAAGUGGUUUGAGGUGGCUUUUGUGGCAGAAGAGCUCGUGCACUCUGAGAUUCCUGCCUUUCUCCUGCCCUGGCUGCCCAGCCGGCCAGCCUCUUAUGCAAGUAGGCACAGCUCCUUUAGCCGCAGUUUUGGAGGACGGAGCCAGGCAGCUGCACUUUUAGCUGCCACUGUCCCAGAGCAGAGGACUGUGACCCUGGAUGUUGAUGUGAACAACCGCACAGACCGGCUGGAGUGGUGCAGCUGUUAUUACCAUGGCAACUUUUCUCUGAACGCAGCCUUUGAGAUCAAGCUGCACUGGAUGGCGGUGACCGCAGCAGUACUCUUCGAGAUGGUCCAAGGUUGGCAUCGGAAAGCCACCUCCUGUGGCUUUUUGUUGGUCCCAGUUUUGGAAGGGCCUUUUGCACUGCCCAGUUACCUGUAUGGCGACCCCCUUCGUGCCCAGCUCUUCAUCCCACUCAACAUCAGCUGCUUGCUAAAGGAGGGCAGCGAGCACCUGUUUGAUAGCUUUGAACCAGAAACAUACUGGGAUCGAAUGCAUCUCUUCCAGGAAGCCAUUGCACACAGGUUUGGGUUUGUACAAGAUAAAUAUUCUGCUUCUGCUUUUAACUUCCCUGCUGAGAACAAGCCUCAGUACAUCCACGUUACAGGAACAGUGUUUCUGCAGCUGCCCUACUCCAAGCGCAAGUUUUCGGGGCAGCAGCGGCGGCGGCGGAACUCCACCAGCUCCACCAACCAGAACAUGUUCUGUGAGGAGCGGGUUGGCUACAACUGGGCCUACAACACCAUGCUCACCAAGACAUGGCGCUCCAGUGCCACAGGGGAUGAAAAAUUUGCUGAUCGGCUGCUGAAGGACUUCACAGACUUCUGCAUCAACCGUGACAACCGGCUGGUCACAUUCUGGACAAGUUGCCUAGAGAAGAUGCAUGCCAGUGCCCCGUGAGGCCAGGCUGCACCAGGGUUAGAAGGCUGUGCCUGUGCUGGGGGAAGGUGGGUGAGCCACUGCCCUCAAACCCAGGGUGGAGGAUUCUAGGCAGGCUCUGGGAGUCAGGUGUCCAUUUGCUGCUGUCGGUGAGUGGGGGCCAUUGUGGGUUUUUUGGUUUUUUUUUUUCGGCCUCCCCAACAAGUCUUCUGCUCUAGAAGAAAGACUUUGGAUGCAGCUGCUACUGCUGCCACCACUCCUGUCAGCAAGUGCUCAGAGCAGGUGGGAAGCACAGAUUGUCCGUGGGAGGGCUCCAGUGUCUGAGAAGAGGGCAGACAGCCCCCAUGAAUAUCCUCGGAAGGGGGUGACUCCUGGUAGCAUCCUUUUCCUUCACCUUCUAUGGGAUAUUAGGAGCAGAAUCUGCCACUUCCUGCCCAGGAGUGUGCACAGAUGUAAGAUAAUUUUGUGAAAUAAUGUACCAUAGACUCUCACCAACUGUAUAUACCUGUACAUAUCACAAGCAAAUAAAAAGCUUCAUGUGCAUCA